GUUUCGGUAUGCAUGUUCGCAGCUGAAGUCGGAAAGCUGGUCAUUAUUGACAUAUUUAUCUCAAUCGUUUCCAAGUCAAUGUCAAGACUCCGCAAUUGAAGUGAGUGUUUCGGGCAAAUGAAUCUACCAGCAGGCCAACGAUCGCGAAUAUACGUCUUUCAUCUUAAAAGAGCAGUGGCCACUGUACAUUUCCCCAAAUGAAAUGAAUGGAUGGGUUUGAAAAAAUAAAACUUGUAAUAUUAAAGACUAGGAAAGCUUUACUUGUGGAAUGGACUCAAAUUGAUACAGAUGUAACAGGUGUGAGAAAAAUGUCGACUAAACCUAAUACACGCAAUCGAAAACGUCGUCCUGGUGAUCCUUGGGUAUCGAAAAACCGUGUCCUGAAUGGUGGUGCAAAGCUUAAAAACAACAUUGCCUUGGGCCGUAAUCCGAAUUUCGAUACUGACGAGACCAAGGUACUCAUACAGUUGUGGGGUGAUCCGAAGGUGCAGCGUCAACUUAUUACUACACAUAAAAAAUAUAGCGUUAUAGUGGAGCUUUCUGCUAAAAUGGAGGAAUAUGGUUAUUUUCGCACGCCCGAAGAGAUAACGACGCGCAUUAAAAACCUUAAGUGUAUAUAUAAUCGUUUGAAGAAGGAAGUGGAAUCCGGUGAAUGUUCACAACCUUCCUGGCGUCAUUAUGCUGAAAUGGAUGCCGUGAUGUCGCGACCUAUAUUCAGUGUCAGACCGAAUGAAGUGCCUGCUCCAUCGAUCAAGUUUCAAAUUGAACAGGAGCUGGAAAGGCGAAAAGAGCGUAAGCGUAAAAUAUUGGAAGAGGGUGGGUCUGUUUCCGAGAGUGACGAUGAAGAUAUUAUCGAUGUCUUGGCCUUUAGCGAACCGCUUGCAAAGAGAAUACAAAAAACUAAUAAUAAUAAGACUGUACAUGGAAUAAAUCUUAUCGACGAAGAAAGAGAAACCGAGAUUCUUAUGACGGAAGUAGACAAAAAUAAGGGCUCUAACGUUGCAAAAAACUCGGAUAAUGGGAAUGACAAAUCAGUUGAUGACGAAUUUUUUAUUAAAAUGGAAAUCGAUACUGAAGAAUUUAUAGCCGAUAAAAUGAACAAUGAUAGCUCAACCUCAACUAAACAUGCCAACGUUAAAAAAACCGUUAUUGUGCAAACCAGUUCUGAUAAACCGAGAAUUGAUCAAACGUCCAAAACAAAUGAAAUGAAAGAAACUAGCAGCAAACCUCACAAUAACAGCAGCAAUAAAAAUAGGGAUUCCGUUGAUGAUUUGUUAUUGGUACCUAAAGUGGAGCCAAUUGAUGUGGAUGCUGAGGAUGAAAUACCAAAGACCUGUCUUAAAAGUAUACCAACAAGUUUAUCUUGCAGUAUUUCCGCCAAUUCAAUAUGCUCUUCAGCCUCAUUGAUACCGAUUACGACAAUAACUAAUGCUACCACUACCAUAGCAAAGAAUACUAGCGCUCAGCAGGGUAAAAUUUCGUUAGUUCCAACGAAUUUCCUAAUGCAACCUAGCGUGUCAACGGUCUCUUCACAACCCCAGAUACGUUUGCUGCCGAACGCUAGUGGUCACUUGCAGCCGCAUUUAGUUUUGAGUACACCUGCCACACCGUCUUCAGUUAAUGCCGGUACUAACAAUACCGGUAUUGUUACUACUGGGCCGGGCGGUAUGAAACUAUUGCUUGUUAAUGCCGACCAGUCAAAUAAGAGUAAUCCAGGUGCCGCAUUAUCCACAUUGGCUACUAACAGUAUGGCGGCGUCAUCUUCUAAUCAAAAUAAUCAGCCUCAGUUAACGUUAAGGAAGAGCUUAACAGCAAAGCCCGAUGAAUCUAAAUUGCAACAGCAAAUAUCGACGACAGCACAAGUGCAGCAAACACAACAGCAACAGCAGCAACAAUCUCAACAACCGCAAAAAGAAAGAGAAGAACGUGAAGAUACAUGUGGCAGGAAGGAUAUUUACGGUGUACGCUUGUUAAUCAGUAAAUUGAUAACCGCUCAAAAGACCAACAACGAUUUGCAGAAGCAACGUUUAGCCGUCGAACGCGAACGUUUGGAUUUUGAAAAAUCGGCAGUGGAGAAGUUUUUUCAACUUUUCGGUCAACAUAUGCAACAACAAAGCCAAUUGCAGCAACAAAAUGGACAUCCUCCCACGCAAUUGCGAAUAAAUCCAAAAGUAUUAUUUACCACAGUAGUAUCUUCGGCGGCUGCUACAUUAUUAACAUCGAAUGUUUUAACUACAAACGCUCGGAGCAAUUUUAAUACAAUUGUUACACCAAUACAGCAGCAGCAACAACAUUCUAUACAAACUAGUGAUGUGCAAUUGGUCGCACCAAAACUCGAGCCAAACACUUGA